UUCAUGUUUGGCAAAAAAAAUGCCUCAGUAGUGAUGUUGUGCUUUAGCGGAUUACCCGUCUGGUGUCUACUAUAAGUGCUUACCGUUCACUAUCCAUGAUGUUAAAGUCACCAUAGCUUGUCUGUAGUGCUGCUUAAAUUAAUUAGUGAUGGAGAGGUUCGAGGGUUAUGCCUUUACUGCUCUCUGUAGCACAAACUUUCUAAUUUCCUGUCUUCUGUUCUCAAAAAUUACACGAGAGCAAAGGGAACCAUACAUGGACGAAAUUUUCCACGUACCACAAGCCCAGAAAUACUGUGAUGGGAAAUUCAGCGAGUGGGACCCUAUGAUCACCACACUGCCUGGUCUAUACUUGGUGUCCGUUGGGGUCAUCAAACCUUUAAUGUGGUUGGCUGGGUGGACGGGGAAGGUCGUAUGCUCCACCGGAAUGUUGCGUUUCAUAAAUUUACUCUUCAACUGUGGAAACCUUUAUCUGCUGUAUCUUAUCAUACAUAAACUCCAUCUCAAAGAUAAGACUCGAGCUGCAACACGUAGAGUGCUGUCUGCAUUGUGUCUGUCCACUUUCCCUGUGCUCUACUUCUUCACAUUUCUGUACUACACGGAUGCUGGUUCCACCUUUUUUGCCCUCUUCGCCUACCUGAUGUCCCUGUAUGGGAGCCACAAAGUGGCUGGCCUCCUUGGAUGCUGUGCCAUCCUCUUCCGCCAGACCAACAUCAUCUGGGUGGCAUUCUGUGCUGGCACUGUGGUUGCCCAGAAGCUGGACGACAGCUGGAAGACUGAGCAGUCUAAGAAAAAAGAGGAAAAAUGGCCCUCCCAAAUCCCAUUCUCCUUAGCCGGGGUGGGGAAGGUGAUGCGAUUCCUGCUCGAAUUUGCCACAACGCCAAGCAGCAUUAAGUCCGUGCUCCUGGUGGCCUGGCCUUACGUUGUUGUGGCCACAGGCUUUGUAGUAUUCAUCGUGCUGAAUGGCGGGGUUGUAGUGGGCGAUUGGACCAGCCACGAGGCCUGUCUGAACUUUCCUCAGCUCUUUUACUUCUUCUCCUUUACACUGCUGUUCUCACUCCCUGCGUGGUUCUCCUACCGCAGGGCCAUGAGCUUUUUACAUUCCCUGAGAAAGCAGCCGCUGCUGUACCUUCUGCUUACCGUCGUCUCCCUGGCCCUGGUGUGGAAGUUCACCUUCGUUCACAAGUACCUGCUCGCAGACAACAGGCACUACCCUUUCUAUGUGUGGAGGAAGGUGUUCCAGAAGCACCAGCUGGUUCCCUUCCUCUUGGUGCCGGGUUACGUCUUUGCCAUGUGGAACUUCAUGGAAUCCUUAAAGUCCAAGUCUCUGUUUUGGAACCUGGCAUUUUUGGUGUGUCUCACUGCCGCCACAGUUCCACAGAAGCUUCUGGAAUUCCGCUACUUCAUCCUGCCCUACCUGCUGUACCGCGUCCACAUCCCUCUGCCCUCCACGCCUCGGCUGCUGGUGGAGUUGAGCCUGUACACCGUGGUCAACGCUGCUACACUCUACAUUUUCAUCACCAAAACAUUUCAUUGGCCCGACAGCACUGAUGUGCAGAGGUUUAUGUGGUGACUUGGAACUCAAUGAUGGGUAAAAAUGGGGUGUAGGCUACCUACCUAAUUUUCUACUGGUUGUAUUUUCAGUUUGGCUGGGGAGUUAUUUCCAAUGAUUACAGGAAUGAGAGCUACCAAUCUAUUUUCUUAUACUGGUUAAUAAUUUAUAAAAACCAAAAUGAGGCAAAGCCAUAUGAUAAGCAAGAAAAAUAAAAUUUUAUAUGGUUGAACCUAAUGGCCAUAACCGUAUUUCUGAUACAUAUCUAUGCCAUCUUUUUAUGUUGUGAUAACGUAAGACAAGGGUGUUACUGUGGAUAUUUUGGAUAAAAAAAUUGCACUGUCCUCUUAUCACUGAGGAAAAUCCAUGUUUAUGUCAGAUUUCUUCUUAUUCAGAUCAAGAAAAGGGGUUUAAUUCGAUACUCCAAUGGUAAAAUAGACAAUCUAUAAAUAUGUUGAGUGGAAACACACUGAUUGUAUCAUGAUUGAUUUGUCCUUUGCUGUUUUGUGCUGGCUUUGUUUUUAUACCGUUUUAUUUCCUUUUUUUUUUUUUUCAAGCCCUGAUUUAGGACACAUCACUCUCCUUCAGCAUUGUGGAUGCAUGAACAGUAGUUGGAUAUGAAUGGAAUGAAAAAAAGUUAAAUGAAUGUCACUCAGUACGGGUGUAUAGAUUAUGUUCAGUAUGGAAUAGUUACAGGAAUAUUAAUUGUGCUGGUAAACUGAUUGUGCUUUUUAUUUUAAGUUAAAUAUUUUUGUGAUUUUUGUCUCGUCGUAGUGUAAUUUGUUGUACAGUUGCCUGUAUGAUUCAUUCCAGUACUACUGUGUUUUAUGGUAAAAGCAAAGUGUUUUUUGCAUUAAAAUUAUUGAUGUGCUCCCAGAAUACCAUCAGUAAUAAUUGUGUAUUUCACUUUACAGCUUGUGUUACAUUCAAGCCAAUGAAAUAAAAUGUUGCAAAUCUGUUUACCAUUAUGUGCAGUUAUAAUAAACAGAAUAAAAAGGAUACUGCUUCAGGUGGA